UUACCAGCUCGCGAACCGUUGCUUGGGGCUUUUAUUUUAAAAUAGUUUACUUGUUAACACAUGACACGGUUAGGACGAAAAACUUUCUUCUGGGAAGAAAGUGACCCAGAUUGUAAUAGAAUGCGAAGAUCAAAUACUGCCAUUCAUUGCACGAAAUGGUGGAGAUAAAAUCGUUCGUGUUCUUCGACCUAGAGACGACGGGCUUGCCAGAAUAUGAACAUUUCAAAACGAAAAUCACUGAACUGUCGAUGGUGGCAUGCAGCCGGGAGCAUCUGCUGGAGUGCGUGAACGAGCUACCCCGUGUCCUGCACAAAUUAUCGCUUUGUUUCAAUCCUUCGCGGCUCAUUACUAUCGGUUCCUCGCAAGCCACAGGAACGUGUCUUUACAAUGAUUUGCUGGAAAGAGAGGGCAAAUUCGAUGGAGGCGCAGGCGAAAUGGUGAAACUAUUCCUCGACCGUUUGCAGAAACCCGCCUGCCUGGUGGCUCACAAUGGCAACAGAUUUGAUUUUAUCCUUCUCAAGCAACAUAUGCUACGGAUCGGUGUUAUGCUGCCCAGUUUCCUGUAUGUGGUUGAUUCGCUGCCAGCGUUCCGGGAGAUUGAAGCCGACGUGGAAAAAUCGUACUUCGAGAACAAUGAAGGCCUUGACAGUGAGAUCCCGGAACUCGAGUAUCGAACCAUCGGUAUCAUGGAACAACUAGAACGUGAAAACGAUGGCAUGAACGAUCGGCAGCGAUGCAAUGAAACCACCCCACGAAGUGCACACGUUGAGCGCAAGUACAAGCAAACGCUACGCGAGUAUCUUAACGUUACACCGGAAGGUACACCUUCCCCGGGCGAACGCGACAUUCCGGUCUCUCGGACGGCAAACGCACGCAAAAGACUGUUUCACGAUGCAUUCGAUGAUAAAACGUCCAGUUCGGAGACGGAAGGAUCACCAGCAAGGGUGAAAAAACGAUACAAUCUUGCCGAAAUUUACAAACGUACCGUAGGGAAGGAGCUUGUGGCAGCACACCGGGCAGAAGAGGACGUACUGGCGCUGAUGAACUGUGCUGCCGUACACGCAGUUCGGUUUGUGCGGUACGUGGAGGCAAACUGUGUCUCCUAUGAGGAGGUGAAAAGUAAAUUCUAGUGGGCAGCCUGCAUCUUAAUGUGUGACGACCAUUCUUGGGAACAGUAUUUUUUUUUUUGUGUAAAAUUCAAAAAUCUUUCGUGUAAAAUUCCAUCGUUUAACUAAAUUCAAGUGAUGUUUGCUCUUCAAAUUAAAAAUAAUAAACUAGAUGAAAGGUAGUCGU